AGUGCGGCUGAGUGGUUAGACUACUAUCUGUUAGAAAUUGCCGAAUACCUAAACAAGAGGCAAGUGCGAAAUGUUGAAUUGGUUUUUAUCACUGAGUGAAAGAGAUAUUGGAUAUUGGCUAAGGUCAUUCAAUGCCUUACAGAUGCUCCACGUGUAUACGUUUAAGUACCCGAAGAUCUUUCGCGUAAAAGUGCACAUAUAUCUGUGUUAUAUUCAAACUCAACUGACCUUUUCACCUCUUUUGUCUUGAGGAGUUUUACGGGCAAGCCUCCUGGUAUUUACUCCUUGUUCGUUGCACAAUUCGUCAUGAUAUAUUUUACUCUGAUUGCUAGAGUAGCCGAUGGGCUUCCGCUUGCAGCAGCUAUACAGGAUGAUGACCAACUAAAUCGUGAAAUAUUCCAGCACCAAAAUCAAGCAAAAGCACUCGUUUGUCGUAUGACUCCUACUUCUCCUUCGAGAUGCUCUCUCGUUGCCGGUCCGUAUUUGUUUCAUUAUCUGCUUGAUCGUGGUGUUUGUUACAUUAUUCUCACAGACUCACAGUUCAGUCGUACUAAGGCCUUUGCAUUUCUAGAAGCCAUACAAACAGAAUUUCACGGCAAAUAUUACCAACAGAUACAAACAGUUUCGAGACCCUACGCAUUCCUUGAUUUUGAUCACACCAUACACAAAACUCAAAAAAUAUAUAGUGAUAGUCGGUCAUCUAAUCUGAGUCAAUUGAAUGUGGCGUUACAAGAUGUACAAAGAAUUAUGGUGCAGAAUAUUGAUGAUGUAUUACAGCGUGGUGAAGCACUUUCAACCUUAGACUCUCGAGCAUCCAGCUUGUCUACUAUGUCCAAGAAAUACCGUCAGGAUGCCCGCUCGCUAAAUCUUCAAUCGGCCUAUAUCAAAUACAUACUGUUUUGCAUCCUGUUAUUAGUAGUUUUCACUUAUUUGUAUAUUCGAUUUCUAUGAUGUAACUAGGCUACAAUUCUUUUCCAGUAUGAUUAACUUGUAUAAAACCACACAUAGGAAGUUGUGAUUUAUUUAUUUAUUUAUUUCAAGUAAAUUCUCACUUGGCAAACUGUUUUUCCCAAAGUUAAUUUUCAAGUCUAUUUUAUUUUAUGACAUUAUCGUUUUCUGUAUUGACUAUUAUCGUUAGUUUUUUGGUGUUAAAAAUAAAUCAAUUCACAUUUGUCUUCGCAA